CCCCUCCGGCCGCCAUGUUGGGGGGUGUGCGCGGGGCAGCGCAGAGCGGAGCCGCCCCCGCCGCCCGGCAGCAGCCUUAGACCCGGGCUCUGGGUCCGCCGCUGCCGCCGCCGCUCUCUAUGGGCGGGAGGAGGAGGAAGGGGAAGGGAGCCGCUGCCCGCCGCCUCUGAGCCGUGCCGCGGGACCGGGGAAUGCGCAGCGGCUGGCGGUCGCUGCCCGGCUAAAAGGAGAGCCGGGACAUGGUGCCGUUCGCUCCGCUGGAGGACGCGGAGGAGCCGGAGCCCUGCCACAAAAUGGAGCUGUACGUGAGCGGCGCCGAGCUAAAUGGCCUUAAAAUGGCAGAUGAGCCUAUGGAAGAAGGUGAACCAUAUUCCUACCAUGAUGAAGGAAGUGUGAAAGAAAUUCCUAUUACACACCAUGUGAAAGAAGGAUGUGAGAAAGCAGAUCCAGCACAGUUUGAGCUACUUAAGGUUCUUGGACAGGGAUCAUUUGGAAAGGUCUUCCUUGUACGGAAGAUAAUUGGUCCUGAUGCUGGGCAGCUUUAUGCAAUGAAAGUAUUGAAAAAAGCUUCUUUAAAAGUUCGGGAUAGAGUUCGUACAAAAAUGGAGAGAGAUAUAUUGGUAGAAGUAAAUCAUCCAUUUAUCGUCAAACUGCACUAUGCCUUUCAGACUGAAGGGAAGCUGUAUUUAAUACUGGAUUUUCUCAGGGGAGGAGAUGUAUUCACACGAUUAUCCAAAGAGGUUAUGUUUACAGAGGAAGAUGUGAAAUUCUACCUCGCAGAACUGGCCCUUGCUUUGGAUCACCUUCACAGCUUGGGAAUUGUAUACAGGGACCUGAAGCCAGAAAACAUUUUGCUUGAUGAAGCAGGACAUAUCAAGUUAACAGACUUUGGACUCAGCAAAGAAUCAGUAGAUCAAGAGAAGAAGGCCUAUUCUUUCUGUGGUACUGUAGAGUACAUGGCACCUGAAGUAGUAAACAGGCGAGGGCACAACCAGAGUGCUGACUGGUGGUCCUUUGGUGUUCUCAUGUUUGAAAUGCUGACUGGUACACUACCAUUUCAAGGUAAAGAUCGAAAUGAAACUAUGAAUAUGAUACUGAAAGCAAAGCUUGGAAUGCCUCAGUUUCUCAGUCCAGAAGCACAAAGUCUUCUUAGGAUGUUGUUUAAAAGGAACCCAUCAAAUAGAUUAGGAGCUGGUUCUGAUGGAGUUGAAGAAAUCAAGAGACAUCCUUUUUUUUCUACUGUUGACUGGAAUAAACUGUUCAGAAGAGAAAUUCAACCCCCAUUUAAACCUGCUUCUGGAAAGCCUGAAGAUACCUUUUGUUUUGAUCCAGAAUUCACAGCAAAAACACCAAAAGAUUCUCCAGGAGUCCCACCUAGUGCAAAUGCCCACCAGCUCUUCAAAGGAUUUAGUUUUGUUGCAACCACUACUGUAGAAGAUCAUAAAAUAUCACCACUCACCAACAUACUGCCAAUAGUACAGCAACUUCAUGGAAACAGUGCACAGUUUACUGAUGUGUAUGAACUGAAGGAAGAUAUUGGUGUUGGGUCCUACUCUGUCUGCAAGAGAUGUGUACACAUAGCUACAAAUAUGGAGUUUGCUGUCAAGAUAAUUGAUAAAAGUAAGAGAGAUCCCUCGGAAGAAAUUGAGAUUCUCAUGCGUUAUGGACAACAUCCAAAUAUUAUUACUUUAAAGGAUGUGUAUGAUGAUGGUAGAUUCAUCUACCUUGUGACUGAGCUGAUGAAAGGAGGGGAGCUGCUGGAUCGCAUCCUCCGGCAGAAGUUCUUCUCGGAACGAGAAGCCAGUGCUGUGCUGUACACUAUAGCCAAGACUGUGGACUACCUGCACUGCCAAGGAGUGGUGCAUCGAGACCUUAAGCCGAGUAAUAUUUUGUAUACGGAUGACUCAAAUAAUGCUGAUUCUAUCAGAAUUUGUGAUUUUGGAUUUGCAAAACAGCUUCGAGGAGAAAAUGGACUACUUCUGACUCCUUGCUACACUGCAAACUUUGUGGCACCAGAGGUUCUCAUGAGGCAGGGGUAUGAUGCUGCUUGUGACAUCUGGAGCUUGGGUGUUCUUCUGUACACAAUGCUGGCAGGCUAUACUCCAUUUGCCAAUGGUCCUAAUGAUACUCCAGAGGAGAUCCUGGUACGGAUAGGCAGUGGAAAAUUCUCUUUAAGUGGAGGCAACUGGGACACAGUUUCAGAUGCAGCAAAGGACUUGUUAUCACAUAUGCUUCAUGUAGAUCCCCAUCAGCGGUACACAGCAGAGCAAGUAUUAAAACAUUCAUGGAUAGCCUGCAGGGACCAGUUGCCACAUUACCAACUAAACAGACAAGAUGCACCACAUCUAGUAAAGGGAGCCAUGGCUGCUACAUAUUCUGCACUGAAUCACAAGACAUUUCAGCCAGUGUUGGAGCCUGUGGCAGCCUCAAGUUUAGCUCAGCGACGGAGCAUGAAAAAACUUACAUCAACAGACUUAUAGAUCCACUGGGACACCUUAGCAAACAGAAGCAAGGGGAAAAUCCAAUAAGUGGCUCUAUUUAGCCUGACCUGUGAUCAAAAAGGCAUCUAUGGUUUCCUGCUACACUACUUGAAUUCUGUAAAAGUCCUUUUUUUAAAAAGAAAAAAAAAAAUCCACAGGUUCAUACUGUGUUGUUUUACAGGCUGUAUCUGUUAAAUUAAUUUAAACAUCAGGUACACCAUAAUGAAUUUCUCCACACUGUCCUUUAAGAGAUCUGUUGCAAAUAUUAUUUCACAUCCUGUAUAGUUUUGGGUUAAUUUGAAAAAUGGUUUAGGGGACCGUUGCCAAUGACCAAGUUGUACAUAAAGUGUCAGUGUACAUCUUCUUCUGCACACCUUUUAGACCCUGUUGUGGAGGACAAAAUUGUAAUUUUGUAAUUGGGCACUUAAUUUGUUUCACUUCUUAAUUUCUACUAAGAAAAGCUGACUUCUGUAUUGUACCAGUGUUAAAUGCAUUAAUGUUAACUUGGAAGGUCUGUGUUUGCAUGGUGCCAGUAACUGAUAAGUUUAUAUAAAAUACAAACAAAAGGGAUGUGUAAGACUCUGCACUUUACCCAUACACUUAAUUUCAUGACUUGUGACCCAAAAGAAAUGCUGGUUAACAAAUUACCUGUUCCAGGAAAAAGAACAUUUCUAGUUGUUACCACAAAUGCUGCUGUGUCCUGCACUGGGCUGGAGAAAAUAUGUGUAUAAUCUGAGAAAAAUAAGGAUUUAAGUAACACUGGUACCACUUCAGACAACAUCAUGCAAUCCAAUAAUUUCUGAUAUUUAUAUUGUCUAUUGAUGCAGUGACUAUGUUGCUGUUUCCUUAGCAGUCAUUUCCACCAAAUAUAUCCAAUAUUAAGUUUGUUUGGUGUAGAAGACAAACUGACACUUUAUUAUAACAAACUUGGCACGUGGACUUUAUUUUUUUUUUAUUUAUUUGAUUUUUAUAGAACAUUGCUUCUACCUGAAUCUCUCGCCGCAUGUACAAAUAUUACAGAACAUAAAUGCAAAAUUCUAGUUGCCUAACUGUAGGGGUAGCUUGGGAAAAUAAAUAAGCCUUGCAAUGUGCCCAGAUUAGGGAAUUCUGACCAAGAAAUUUCACAGUUAUGGACAAGUUACUGACAGUCUUCUGUGGCCAGCACCCCACUCACCCUCUCUGCCUUGGUGGUAGCACUUCAGCUGUUUCUAAAUGUUGUGAUGGAGAGGAAAUUAAUGUCAGAGCCAGAAUUAUCUUGGUUUUCCUUCUCAAAAUCAGUGCCAGCUGCUAGUGGACUGGGAGCUAAUGCAUUCAGAGAUGAGGAGCUUAAAAGUAUUUUUGGAAAGCUGCAAGCACUACCAAGCAGUUGUAUUGUCAUGGUAGGAUGAUACAUGUUUUAAAAUCAAUGUCUCAGUGACUGCCUGUUAGACUGUGAACAGUUGGAGGAUACAAAUGACCAAAAAUCAAAUGUAUUUCACACUGAUUUGCCUUCAUCAAAUGUCCUGUUGCUGAUUGCUUUAGUAGUUACAGGGCCUGUGGUGGCAGAACUUGGUCUUUUGAGACAGGAAAAAAAGCUUUUGGGAGAAUUCUGGCACUGCAACUCAGAUCUUCAAAGGGGGUGCUGGUUGGUAUUUGGUUAUACCUGUGAAGUACUUGGUGGCAUUGGAAAAACUAUUAGAUAAGCUGCUUUCUUUUGUUGUGGUGGGGGAAGAUGGAAAAUAUCUGGCCAAAUAGUUAGGUAUGAAUAUGUGUAGAUUUGAGACUUAAGGAAUGUAGAAAACAUAGGUGUGCUAUUUGUAUCAUGCAGAACAUACCCCAUACUAGAUUUCUUGAGUGUUUGAUAGAUGUUGGAAGCUUUAGGGGCUGUUUGUGCCUAGUUUUGAGGUGCCUGUUUGAAAUGCUUGAAAGCUUAUCAAAGAACAUGACUGCUUCCUGGAAAGUUUCUUGUUCAGUACAAAAAAUCUGCCCCUUAUGCAGCUGGUUCAUCCUUCUUUUCAUUACUCAAGAACUUUGCCAGCAAGAAUGCCUGGAAGCUUCUGGUCUACAGUCUACUGGUAUCAAUUUUGGGGGUAAAUUUACAAAUGACUGCCAAAAGAACUUGAAUUCAUGCUAAGCAAAAACCUCAGUGGUGGAAAUAAAAGCCUCCUGAACCCAAGGUCAAGGUAUAAUGUAGGAUGGAGGGGAAUGUGAGGCAUGGAACACAAGUAGUGUCAAACUUGAAUUGUCUUCAGGUUUCCUGUAAGGUAGCAGCUGGUCUUUAAUGGCUUUAUUCAUGAAUCAUUUAACAGUGUUUAUAUUGGUAUUUUCUUUUAGCUUGCUUGGAAGCACCACGUUAUAAGCACCUUAAAAGCAUUUUGCACAAAAGCAGCUGAAGGUACUUAAGUUUUUCUUGUUGUGCAACACAAAGGUGGUAAGAGGAAAAGUGCUCAAACAAGAUGGAUAUUCUGAUUCUUAGCAAAGAAUUCAAAACAUCUUCUAUAAAGUUGUCCCUGGGGGGGUUAUACCAUUACUAGCCUUUGGUGCAAGUGGUACUACUGGGCUAAAAGCAAAGUUUCAGUGGCUGCAGCAUUACAAAGUUGUCUUAUCACAAGGAAAACAUAUGGACAAAUACCUUUGUUAUAUCUGACAGUCACCUGGUAUGCCAAUUUUAAUUCUUAAUUUGUGGGGAAGAGUUCUCUUACAGUGAAUAUUUAAACAUAUCAGUCUUUGAAACAUUUUGGAUAUGCAGGGAUACAGAAGAGUACAUUGGUAGUUUAACCUUACUACCUGAUAUUUAAUGAUCAUUUUCUUUGUGAUACUUCUUGGAAGUUGUUGCAUAUUUACCCUUUUAUUCCAGACGUAGGCUUUGUUCAGCUACACAAUUAAUGUAAAAGUGGCAUGGUCUGCUCAGGAGUAAUCAGUUAAAUGUUUGAAAUGGAAGAACACUCACUUUCAAGGUGCUGUUAGGUGGAGUGUAAGGUUAGUGUAAAUUGUUUCACUCCAUAUCCUCUUUGCACCUCUGCUAGAGAUGACAGAGUAGUUACAAUCUUACUGAUUUACUUAUAUUUUUUAAAACAAAAGUUUUAACUUUACUAAGCCUUAUAGUUACAAAGACACAAACAUACCUAUUAAAGCAUUUAGAGGACAAGUGAGGAACUCUCUUGUAUUCCUGUCAGGUAUCCAGAAACUGCAGUGGCAUUGAUACCAUCCAGUGGUGCACAACCAAGAGUGCCUGUACCCCAGAGUGUCCCCAGGGGUGGCUUCAGUGGAGCCACUGCUUUGUGGCUGUUGUUAGCAUAUUGUGUGGUUUGGGUUUGUUUCUUUUGUAGUGUGGUUUCAAUGUUGUUCUUGCAUCCCAAACCUCACCCAGGUCACCCAUGAGCUUGAAUUCUGUCUUCCAUGUUUUAAUUUUCCAUGUCCAAUAGUUGAAAUGAUCUCUAGCAAACUUCAACACUUGGAAGUUACUUGCAGGGUACUCAUAAUCAUGGGUUUUGUUGGUGUUUUUGUUUGUUUGUUUUUGGGGUGUUGGGGUUUUUUUGUUUGUUUUGUUUUUUGCAGGGACAGAUAGCUGCAUCCAGGGCUCUCUGCCCUCAGAUGUUAAAAUUAAAAACUUGAGAUAGCCUCUAGGAAUUGAGUCAAAGGAAUGACACAAUAGUAUAGUAGUUCUCCUGAUUUAUAGCAAUGAAAUUAGGCUAAAACAUCAAUGCAAACAUAUGGGGGGGUUGUAUGCUUUCUGUAGCACUUAAGUUUGUCUGUCCUAUCCAGAAUUUUCUGCAAAUACUUGUGGAAGGGAGGAGCAGGUUUUUCUUAGAGUUUUCAGAAGGCUUCUGAAGCCCUGAUAACAGAGCCCUUGUAUCAUCCAGGAUGAGGAUGCUCUGUCUGGUGAAGAAAAUGAAAAGAUUUCUGCUGGGAAGUUUAUUCAGAAACUUUCUCAUACUUGUUGGUAACACCUUUGUACUGUCUUCUGCAUUAACACCCUGUUGGUUAAGCACAUUCUGGAUCCUGUUUGUCUCUCCUUCAGUGUACUUUUAAAUGUUUACUCUCCCAAAUUAGGUUGUUGUUGAGAAGCCUACUUUUCCCUUUGGGAAUAGAACUACCAGUAAAAUUUUUUUAAAAGCCCUCACACUUAGCGUGUAGCUACAGCUGAUCUGAGUGUUUUAAUAACUUAUGUAAUUACGAGUUGCCCCCAGAACAAUUGGUGACUGGUUUUAUUGAGAUUAUUUUCUUCUGUAAGGAAAGCAAACGUUCAAGGAAAGCUUUAAAAGGUAUUUCAUUGAUUCUGUCUCUUACUAAUUAAAAUUUGGGUGGUAGCUUGCUACCCAUAGUGAGUUUAAAUAACACUGAAUCCUGCUUUGGGGUUGGUUUUGUUUUGUUUUUAAAUGGGAGAACUGCAAAGAUGCUGGAGGUGGAUCUCCUUUGCAGGACAAAGUGUUCUGUUGUGUGUGGUUUGCAUCUGGUUUAUGAGCAGCAUUUGCUAAGUGGUUGCAUUCUCAUCCCAAGCACUUUGGCAUCUUGCACUGAAACUCUUGAUUAGAGCUAAAAACUCUCCUGGCACGUGACUGGCAGUAAAUCUCUACGAAAGGGCAUUAAUUGAAAACAGUGUGCAAUGAAUUCCAUGCUCUGAGGUACUUCAAAGAUGAAACUCUCCAAAAGGUCCCCGUUAUUGUAAUUGUCAUUUCUUUCUCUGAAGCAUAUUGUGGAUUUUGUAUCAUAUUGUAUUUAUUUCAUUUAAUUUUAAAAAUGAAAAAAAAAAUAAUGUUUUCUUUAAAGCUCUGUAUAUAUUGACAUUAAAGUUUGCAUUGUACUAC